AUGAAGACCGAAACCAUCGCCUCCGUUGGCCUAUUCGCCAAGCUGGCACUUUCUCAAGCAGUAAUCAACUCGGGAAAUGGAUUUGGAACAUACUAUUAUGAUAUCAAAGAUCGCACUGGCUGCGGUAACAACUUCGCGAACAUGAACCAAGGAUUCGUUGAAUGCAAUCAAUUUACCGGCUUGUCCUUGAACCAGAUCAACAACAACAAUCUUGUUGCUAUGAACCACACUCUGCUUGCUUCAAACCUGGGAAAAUACUGUGGCAAAAAAGUUGUUGUUAGUAUCAAUGGAGUGCCCUCUAGCAUUCCAUUUUUCAUUGGUGAUGGUUGUGAGCGAUGUGGUACUGGAUCAUCUACCAACACCGUGUGGAACCCUAAUGGUGCUCCUGGAUUGGAUUUCAGCUUAUCUUCUCUUGAUGCAUUGAACCCCAAUGGUUGCUUUGCCGGUCAUAUCAAUCUCUCCUGGCAAAUUUUGGACCAGACCCUCUACAACUUCGACACCAAUGCCCCUGGCCAGCCUACUGGCCCCGUC